AUGCGGCACGUGGUUGAUGUUUUCUGUGUCGCCGUCCCGCCCAAAGUCCGUGCUCUCAUACACAAACGUCUCGUCGCUGUCGGACAGCGCCACGUCGUCCACGGCGCUGGCCAACUUGGCGGCAAAGAAGUCCGUCCGCGUCGAGCUUUGUUUGGCCACCCGUCUUCCGCGAGGCUUGGGGCGGGCGUCUGUUUCUGGCCGCGAGUCUUCGCCGUCCUCGCCGUUCUCCGACAGAAGCGGCGUUUCGUUGUGCAGCGUGCCGUUGGGCGCCAGCGGCUUGGCCACGAGGUCCUGGAUGGUCGUGGGCGUUUUCGGGUUCUCUUUGCCGCUCCGCUGUUUUUCCUUGAGCGACCGGUUGAGCUUCGACAAAAGCUGCUUGUCGAUGCCGCUGGGGCCUGCGGUCCGCGGCUCGGGGAACAUUUCCCGCAAGUCUGCCGCCACGUCGGGCCGGGCGUCGUUUUCCAGCCGCACCUCGUCUUUCUCGGCCUCUGUCUUGGGCUUCUCGGCCUCCGUCUUGGGCUUCUCACCCUCCUUAUCUCGCGCUCGCUUUUCUUCUCUUCGGCUCUCGGGCUCUUUCGGCCGGGCCUCUUGCUCUUUCUGUCGGCCUUCUUUGUUGCUAGUUUUUGUUUCCUCGGGCUGUCUAUCUUUUCUGUCUUCCAUUCUGUCUUCCUUUCUGUCUUCCUUUCUGUCUUCCUUUCUGUCUUCCUUUCUGUCUUCCUUUCUUUCUUCUCUGUUCACUUCGCCCUUACCUUGUGCUUCUUCUCGUUUUCCUUCUUCUUCCUUUCCUUCUUCUCUCUUCACUUCCUUUUCUUCCUUUCCUUCUGUUUCUCCAUUCGUUUCGCGUCUGUGGUUUUGCGCUUUUGA